GCGGCCGCGAUGGUUUCAGACGCUGAAGGAUUUUGCAUCUGAUCGCUCGGCGUUUCAAAGGCAGAGGCCCCCCUCCCCCUUCCCCCCUCCCUCGCCGUCUUUGUUUCCUUCCCCCCCCUGCUCUCCCCACUCCCCCCACCCCACCCCCCUCUCCUCUCCUCCUCCUCUUUUUUAGAAGCAGCGAUCGGAGAUGGAUGUCUCUCUUUGCCCAGCCAAGUGUAGUUUCUGGCGGAUUUUCUUGCUGGGAAGCGUCUGGCUGGACUAUGUGGGCUCCGUGCUGGCUUGCCCUGCAAAUUGUGUCUGCAGCAAGACUGAGAUCAAUUGCCGGCGGCCGGACGAUGGGAACCUCUUCCCCCUCCUGGAAGGGCAGGAUUCAGGGAACAGUAAUGGGAACGCCAGCAUCAACAUCACGGACAUCUCAAGGAAUAUCACUUCCAUACACAUAGAGAACUGGCGCAGCCUGCACACUCUCAAUGCCGUGGACAUGGAGCUCUACACUGGACUCCAAAAGCUGACCAUCAAGAAUUCAGGACUCCGGAGCAUCCAGCCCAGGGCCUUUGCCAAGAACCCCCACUUGCGCUAUAUAAACCUGUCGAGCAACCGCCUCACCACACUCUCAUGGCAGCUCUUCCAGACGCUGAGUCUUCGGGAACUGAGACUGGAGCAGAACUUCUUCAACUGCAGCUGCGACAUCCGCUGGAUGCAGCUGUGGCAGGAGCAGGGGGAGGCCAGGCUCAACAGCCAGAAUCUCUACUGCAUCAACGCCGAUGGCUCCCAGCUCCCCCUCUUCCGCAUGAACAUCAGUCAGUGUGACCUUCCUGAGAUCAGCGUGAGCCAUGUCAACCUUACUGUUCGAGAGGGUGACAAUGCUGUCAUCACUUGCAACGGCUCUGGAUCACCCUUGCCUGAUGUGGACUGGAUAGUCACAGGGCUGCAGUCCAUCAACACCCACCAGACAAAUCUGAAUUGGACUAAUGUACAUGCCAUCAACUUGACACUGGUGAAUGUGACGAGCGAGGACAAUGGCUUCACCCUGACAUGCAUUGCGGAGAAUGUGGUGGGCAUGAGCAAUGCCAGUGUUGCCCUCACUGUCUACUACCCCCCACGCGUGGUGAGCCUGGAGGAGCCUGAGCUGCGUCUGGAGCAUUGCAUCGAGUUUGUGGUGCGCGGGAACCCGCCACCAACGCUGCACUGGCUGCACAACGGGCAGCCGCUGCGGGAGUCCAAGAUCAUCCAUGUGGAGUACUACCAGGAAGGCGAGGUCUCUGAGGGCUGCCUGCUCUUCAACAAGCCCACUCACUACAACAACGGCAACUACACCCUUAUUGCUAAAAACCCCCUGGGCACGGCCAACCAGACCAUCAAUGGACACUUCCUCAAGGAGCCCUUUCCAGAGAGCACAGAUAUCUUUGACUUUGAGUCUGAAGUAAGCCCUACACCUCCUAUCACUGUGACCCACAAACCAGAGGAAGACACCUUUGGGGUGUCCAUCGCGGUUGGACUGGCUGCGUUUGCCUGCGUCCUUUUGGUGGUUCUCUUCAUCAUGAUCAACAAGUAUGGUCGACGGUCCAAAUUUGGAAUGAAGGGUCCUGUGGCUGUCAUCAGUGGUGAAGAGGACUCAGCCAGCCCAUUGCACCACAUCAACCACGGCAUCACCACACCCUCAUCGCUGGACGCCGGGCCCGACACGGUUGUCAUCGGCAUGACCCGCAUUCCAGUCAUUGAGAACCCUCAGUACUUCCGUCAGGGACAUAACUGCCACAAGCCAGACACGUGGGUCUUUUCAAACAUAGACAAUCAUGGGAUAUUAAACUUGAAGGACAAUAGAGAUCAUCUAGUCCCAUCAACUCACUAUAUAUAUGAGGAACCUGAGGUCCAGAGUGGGGAUGUGUCUUACCCAAGGUCACAUGGUUUCAGAGAAAUUAUGUUGAAUCCAAUAAGCCUUCCCGGACAUUCCAAGCCUCUUAACCAUGGCAUCUAUGUUGAGGAUGUCAAUGUUUAUUUCAGCAAAGGACGUCAUGGCUUUUAAAAACUCCUUUUAAGCCUCCUUGUUUUGAUGUCACCUUGGUAGGCUGGGCCCUCUGAGAGGUUGGAAGCUCUAGGCGUUGUUCUCUUUGGAUCCGGGGAUGCUAAGUAGAAACUGCAUGAGCCACCGGUGCCCCUGCACCCUUUAACACCACCGAGAUGGGCAUUUCCCCAUCGGCCACUGGCAGGGUUGCCCCUUCCCUCCAAUCAUCACCGUGUUUUUUCUUUUAUUUUUUUCUUUUUUUUUCUGACCUGCGAGGCAGCUCCUGCCACCAUCUUUAGAGCCAAUAAAGAGAAUUAAAACCUGUGCACCAGGAGCCAUCUUUUAUACACAACUAGCUAUUCUCUUGCUUUACAAAAACAACCCAAUCGCCAUGAGAAAGCCUGAUGAAGUCCAGCCGUGCUGUGGCCUCCCUUUCUCGCUUGGAAGCAUGGGGUCUCCCUGGCUCUCCCUAGGACACUGUGCUGUCCUUUUAGUAACCUCAUCGCCCUGCAACCUCCAGUGGGGAAGAGUCACAAAGAGCACCUAAGCAGAGGUGGAGACGGCGCGGUAAGAGGAGGGGGAACCAGGCCCAAGUGUUGCACCAGCUUAGGUCUCAGAGGGAAGAAUGGAAACCAAUAUUUUGUUUUGUUUUUUUUUUUGGUGGAGAAAAUCAUACCUUUUUUUGGAUACACUUUGCCCCUCCUUCUUCUCUGGAAUGGCUCACAGUGAGUGCGAUAUUAGAAAAUUCCUUGGAAAGAGUUUCUCCAGGCUCCUUGGCCCCUAGAGGUGCAGUUCCGACAAGCUUUGGCUACAGGAGACCUUGCCCGUGAAUUGGCCAUCCUACUAGGACCACAAGGGACCGAGGGAAUCAGGGAACAAGGCCCUUCCUGCUAGGCCAUGAUCCUGGGAUUGGCUCUCUUGCCCCACUUCCACUUACUCUUGACUCAGAGAACCUUUGGAGCCCAAUGGAAUCACCAUUUCAAGGUCAAGAUGAACUGAAGGGGAAGAGAAGUAAAAAUUGGCCUCCUCCAGCCCCUCUCGUGGCACCAGCGGACGUGUCACCCUGUUCUCUGGUCAAUCUGUGUGUUUACUUUGCUUGCUUUGACUCAUGCCUUACUCCACAGCCACCCUCUCCCAAAGAGGGGGGCUGUUCCCCCCGUUUCUGACUUGAUCCACUGGGGAGAAGAAAGAGGAUGUCUGUCCCUUGCUAGAUAGGGAAGGCACGUUGGCAGGGUCUGAGACUCUCCCGGAUUCGCUGACACAUUAGCUGAGUGGAUUUCUGGCUUGGUCCAGCUCUCCAUAUACCCACUGGGAGUCCCUGUUAUAUGAGGGAAGCUUAGAUUGUCACUUGAUGAUGAUCAACAGGAACAGGGAGCACCCCAUGAGGAGUUUUGGGGAAGCUAUGGUGGUUUUUAUAACCCAUUAUGUUUUGGGGGUGGUGUUGCACAGCAAUAGAGAAUAGAUUCUAUGCCUUAGGCAAAUGUACCUGGGAGUUAAAAGGCUCUUACUGAUGGGUUGAUAGAUUCUGCUCCCCCCGGGUCCUGUGGAUAAAGCUUCUUCAUGUCAGGUUCCCAACCUGAUUCUGUAGAUGCCUCCAUGGGGUUGAAAAACAGGAAGCUUUCCAAGUUCUUGCCCAGUAUCUGGGGUGGCCUCCCAGGCACCGAGUUUCCAGAGUACCACGUGGGGGGUCAGGUUUUCUCCAGGGUGUCCAGGUGUGUGUUUAUGUAUCCCUGUCCAGCUCCCCUCAUCUGCUCCCCAUGGCUCCAGUGAGGCUGUUCCCCAGCACGCCCUGCUGGCCCCUUGGGUCUAGGGCCUCCUCCCGAGUGUGGCUUUAAGGAGUAAGCUUGAGGAUGAUGUUUUUAAUUAUUGUAAAUCAUUACCUCAUUUCCAGCCUCCCAGGCUCCAUCCAUCCCAGCAUCUUUUAUUCUGCCAUUUUCCUCACCUUGUGCUAUGACAUUGGGGCAUUGUGUUUCCACAGAGACUUA